CGCGGGCCCCGGAUAUUUGUGUCAGCGCUGCCGCCACGGUCUCAGCUGAUGGGUCGGGAUACACGCUCGCGCUCGCGGUCGGCUGGUCGUAGGGGCCGCAGGCAACGGAGCGGGAGUCGGAGCCGAAGUCGGAGCGGGAGCCAUGGGCGGCGAAACCGCCGGCGCCGGGACGACGAAGUACGGCGCAGGCGGAGGAGGCAGAGCCGAGAGCGCCGGUCAGAUUCGGAGGAAGAAAGGUGGCAGCGGCGAAAGAAGCAGAGCCCGAGCCCACUGCCGCCGCGCUGGCGCUCACAGGAGCGGUCCUCUCAGUCCGACUCCGAUGACGGGCGGCAGGAGCAGCAGCGGGGCCGAUGGGCCCGCCGGCGGCGGACGCGCUCUUGGUCCCCCGGCUCCUCGGCAUCCAGCUCGGCCUCCCCAGCCCGCUCCCAGAGCCCUCGGGAGGCGGCGGCGGCCCUGAGCCAACAGCAGAGCUUGCAGGAGCGGCUGCGGCUGCGGGAGGAGCGGAAGCAGCAGGAGGAGCUGAUGAAGGCCUUCGAGACGCCCGAGGAGAAGCGGGCCCGGCGGCUGGCCAAGAAGGAGGCCAAGGAGCGGAAGAAGCGGGAGAAGAUGGGCUGGGGCGAGGAGUACAUGGGCUACACCAACACCGACAACCCCUUCGGCGACAACAACCUCCUGGGCACCUUCAUCUGGAACAAGGCCCUGGAGAAGAAGGGGAUCAGCCACCUGGAGGAGAAGGAGCUGAAGGAGCGGAACAAGAGAAUCCAAGAGGACAACCGCCUGGAGCUGCAGAAGGUGAAGCAGCUGCGGCUAGAGCGGGAGCGCGAGAAGGCCAUGCGGGAGCAGGAGCUGGAGAUGCUGCAGCGGGAGAAGGAGGCGGAGCACUUCAAGACGUGGGAGGAGCAGGAGGACAACUUCCACCUGCAGCAGGCCAAGCUGCGCUCUAAGAUCCGCAUCCGGGACGGGCGGGCUAAGCCCAUCGACCUGCUGGCCAAGUACAUCAGCGCCGAGGACGAUGACCUGGCUGUGGAGAUGCAUGAGCCGUACACCUUCCUCAACGGCCUCACCGUAGCGGACAUGGAGGACCUGCUGGAGGACAUCCAGGUGUACAUGGAGCUGGAGCAGGGCAAGAACGCGGACUUCUGGCGGGACAUGACCACCAUCACGGAAGACGAGAUCGCCAAGCUCCGCAAGCUGGAGGCCUCGGGCAAGGGCCCCGGGGAGCGGCGAGAGGGGGUCAAUGCCUCAGUCAGCUCCGACGUGCAGUCGGUCUUCAAGGGCAAGACGUACGGCCAGCUGCGGGUCAUCUUCCAGGGCAUCGAGGGCAAAAUCCGGGCCGGGGGCCCCAACCUGGACAUGGGCUACUGGGAGAGCCUCCUGCAGCAGCUCCGCGCCCACAUGGCACGAGCCAGGCUCCGGGAGCGGCACCAGGACGUGCUGCGACAGAAGCUGUACAAGCUGAAGCAGGAGCAGGGCGUGGAGAGCGAGCCCCUCUUCCCCAUCCUCAAGCAGGAGCCCCCGUCACCUGGCCACAGCUUGGAGCCCGAGGACCCAGCGCCCACCCCGCCCGGGCCCUCGUCAGAGGGCGGCUCCGGGGAUCCUGAGGCCGAAGGGGCCGUGCCCGCGGAGGGCGAGGCAGAUGGGGAGGCGGUGCUCAUGGAGGAGGACCUGAUCCAGCAGAGCCUGGACGACUACGACGCCGGCAAGUACAGCCCCCGGCUGCUCACGGCGCACGAGCUGCCGCUGGACGCGCACGUGCUGGAGCCCGACGAGGACGCGCAGCGGCUGCAGCUGUCCCGCCAGCAGCUCCAGGUCACAGGCGACGCCAGCGAGAGCGCCGAGGACAUCUUCUUCCGGCGGGCCAAGGAGGGCAUGGGCCAGGACGAGGCGCAGUUCAGCGUGGAGAUGCCGCUGACGGGCAAGGCCUACCUGUGGGCCGACAAGUACCGGCCGCGCAAGCCGCGCUUCUUCAACCGCGUGCACACGGGCUUCGAGUGGAACAAGUACAACCAGACGCACUACGACUUCGACAACCCGCCGCCCAAGAUCGUGCAGGGCUACAAGUUCAACAUCUUCUACCCCGACCUCAUCGACAAGCGCUCCACGCCCGAGUACUUCCUGGAGGCGUGCGCCGACAACAAGGACUUCGCCACGCUGCGCUUCCACGCGGGGCCGCCCUACGAGGACAUCGCCUUCAAGAUCGUCAGCCGCGAGUGGGAGUACUCGCACCGCCACGGCUUCCGCUGCCAGUUCGCCAACGGCAUCUUCCAGCUCUGGUUCCACUUCAAGCGCUACCGCUACCGCCGGUGACUGCGGGGCCCCUCCCGGCUGCUGCUGCUGCCGCCGGGCCCGGGCGGGACCUUCCCCUCUCCCAGCAGUGUGGGGUGGGAGGGGAGUCCCGGAGAACC